AUGGCUGUGGAGCUUGAAGCAGAGGGAAAAGAAGAUUCGAACUUCAAUGGGAACAUCUUGGUUCUUGGAAAAUCUGGAGUGGGUAAAAGUGCUACUGUAAAUUCGAUAUUUGGAGAGGAGAAAGCACCAAUCGAUGCAUUUGAAACUGGGACGACUUCUGUGAAAGAGAUUAGUGGGUUUGUUGAUGGAGUUAAGGUUUUGGUUUCUGCUGUUCUGCACCUCCAUGCUUCUGCACCUCCAACAAUGGCCGCCAUACCCAAGCCCAUAGAUUCAACUCCCGCAACUGCUUCCCUAGGCAACAGUGCCACCUCAAAUCCACAAGAAGGAAAAAAAAAAGUGGGCUUAGAAUUGGAACAAUCCUGGGAAUCGUAA